AUGACAACGAUGACUUCAAAGGCGACCUGCCCAAUAGCCGGGCACAAGAGGGGGAGAGAGCCUACGGAGCAGCAGGAGGGACCACUCGUCCGCGGCAUGUGCGACAAAGUCACUAGGUGCCUCCACGACAAUCUGACCAAGAGGCAACGCCUCGAUACCGACCUAGGCGUGGCCACUAGAGAAGUGGUCGAAAGUGGCAAUGGAGAGCACAGGCAAGGCAACACCUCCGACGCGGCGAUGGCAGCUUGGGAGGCACAUCGCCAGCGUCUACAGGAGUCGCAUGACAAGCGUCGGCGAGAACUUAACACCCCUUUAGCACGCCCGGCACUCACUAAAUGCGACAACUCAGCGACACCUGGUCCCCGAUUAGCCCGAAGACAGGAACGGAGGCGCAAAUCAGGAGUUCCGCGGGGUCAAGGGGAAGGAGCGCGGCGAGGCCCGCAAGCCGGGGGGCAGCGGAGCCGCAGGCUGGGGGGGGAGCAGGAGCCGCAGGCUGGGGGGGAGCAGGACCCGCAGACUGGGGGGGAGCAGGACCUGCAGGCUGAGGGGGAGCAUACGUUGGAAUUGGAGAUGGAGAUGGGGAGGCAAUGGGAGCUGCCUACUGGAAGGCAGCAAAAGCUGGAGGCUGGGGGGCAGCAGGAGCUGCAGGCUAGGAGGCAGCAGGAGCUGCAGGCUGGGGUUGAAUGGGACCCGCAGGUUGGGAAGGAGCAGGAGCCGCAGACAAAGGGGCAGCAGGCUUUGGAGGCGGAGAUGGAGAUGGGGGGGCAGCAGCAGCUGCCGGCUGGAAGGCAGCAAGAGCUGCAGGCUGGGGUAAGGCAGCAAGAGCUGCAGGCUGGAGGGCAGCAAGAGGGGCCGACCUGGAGGCGGCAGGAGCUGCGGGCUGGGAGGCAGCAAGAGGGGCCGGCUGGGGGGCAGCAGGAGUCGCAGGCUGGGUGGGAUCAGGACCGGCAGGUCGAGGGGCAGCAGGCUUCGGAGGCGGUGAUGGUGAUGGAGAUGGGGAGCUUCCGGCUGGAAGGCAGCAAGAGCUGCAGGCUGGAGGGCAGCAGGAGCCGCAGGCAACGAGGCAGCAAGAGCUGCCGGCAGAGGGGAAGGAAGACCCGCAGGCUGGGGGGGAGCAGGAGUCGGAAGUGGACAUGGAGAUAG